AUGGGGACCAGAGUCCUGGCUGUAUUUUUCUCUGUGCUCUGCCUCUGCUCUGUCGGGGCCGUUCUCUCUGCUCGGACCCGCAGACAUCACACAAAGGCCGACGGCAGUUUGGCCCUCAGACAUCUGUCGGCCAGUCAUCGCAGCAGAUACCCUCAGUACAUGAUGCAGCUGUACCGCUCCUUCAAGAGCACGGACUCCUUCUCUGCGCCCGCUGUCAACACCAUCUCUGCCCUGAGUGAGGACCCACUGGGGCGCAGCUUUGACUCUGUCCUUAGUUUAAUGGCAAAAGGUUGUCAUCGAGUGGGGAACCGAUGGACGGUCACUUUUGACCUGUCGUCCAUCUCCACCAGCGAUCUCGUCCAGCUGGCAGAACUUCAGAUCAGGCUGCCUGAUUUCGUGGCCUCAGAGCACGCCGUAGUGGAUUUAUACCACUCCCGGAAACAGAGCUGUGAGCUGGACGGCACAUUGUGCCGGAAGGAGGAUGUUUUCUUAGGCACUUUUAGCACCACUGCCAGCAGCACAAAGUCCUCCUGGAAGGUGUUCAAUGUGACCGCUCUUUUAAAAUACUGGCUGUAUCAGGAAGACGGCAUGUCCAGCCACGAGGCGUCAGGAGAGCCCCAGCCAGACCGGGGAAGCGGGGCCGGAAGCGAUGAGCCCUUUUUAAACGAUUUUGAAAUGAAACAACGAAAAAUCCACCAUCCAACCACAAACCGGGUCAUGAUGGUCAUCUUCUCCAAACAUCGCCCGCCUCAGGAAGACCAUGCGGCUUACAGUCUGAUGUUCACGGUUGAGAACUCCAAGUAUGUGACCAUCGACAGGGCCAGCAGCGACGGUCAGAGUCGCCGACACAAGAGGAACCGGAUGGAGAGGAUGCGAGUUGCUGAUGGAGCUGUGCCGACCGGAGCGCCCAAAGUGGAAGCGGUCCAGCGGCCGCUGUGUCGAAGAGUGGACAUGUGGGUGGACUUUGACCACAUCGGCUGGGACGAGUGGAUCGUGCAUCCUAAGCGCUUCAAUGCCUAUCGCUGCGAGGGAGAGUGCCCCACGCCGCUGGAUGAGUCCUUUUAUCCAACCAACCACGCCUACAUGCAAAGCCUUUUACGACACCACCAUCCAGACCGGGCGUCCUGCCCGUCCUGUGUGCCAGUACGCCUCGGCCCUCUGUCCAUGUUGUACUACGAGAACAAUGACCUGACCCUGCGGCAUCAUGAGGAUAUGAUCGUUGAGGAGUGUGGCUGCCACUAA